UAAUUGCCCAUCCCUCGCGAAUAUAUGGGGCGGUAAUUGCCGGCUUUAAUCGCUUUUACUGUACCUUGAAUUAGGGAUGCAUAGCCCAUUGCUGCUGGAUGGUUGGCUUGGUCGUCAUUAUUAGUCAGCCAGUCUGGUUGGCUGAUCUAGCCGGUCACAAGCUGAUGAAUCCAGGCCACAUCACAAGCCAAACACAUCUUUGGCAUUGAAGUAUUUUUGAUGGCUUGGUCAGGAUAAAAAUAUUGAUAAGUGUUUGGUUUGCUAAGCAGGGCCGUAAUUUGGAGCAUUUCGGCUGCAUCGCAUCGUGUAGCGUCAAUGUUAAAGCACAACUCUCGUCUCUCGACAGACUCGAGAGCAACAACUUUAUCUGCUAGGCUGCUGGAUCGGAUCGCAGUGGGUCGAGCAACAGGCAUCCGUUAGUCUAAGACUAGGCGAAUCCGACAGCGGCAAGGAGAGGUCGUCGCGGUCUGGUCCUGGACUCGUGGAUGUGGCUUUCUCUUCCACCGUGAAAAAGCGAGUUCCUUCUUUUCUCCGUGGUGCCGCCGGAACCGCUCCUAACGAGGCCGUUCCAUGGCCUCCUCUUCCGUCGCCGCCCUAGCUCUCUACCCCGCCUUCUCGGAGGUCCCUCCUCUGAUCUCCCCCAUUCCUCCCUCUCCUCCCCCUCGCGCGCAUGCCCUGGCCCUGGGUUCCUCCUUGCCCGCCUUCUAUCACCCGCAAAACCCUAGCUUUCUCGAUCGAUUCUGGCCGUCGCAUAAGCUCUAGCAGCUGCCUCUAUCGCCGCCUCAUGGCAUCGCACGCCUCCGGGUGGCGCCAGAGGGAGACUUCGGCCUCCCGGAAUGAUCUCGUCAUCAAAUUCUCCGAGGUCGCGAAGCACUUCUCCAAGAAGGACCCUUCUUCUUCUUCUUCUUCUUCUUCUUGCGCCCCGGAGGUCGGCGCCCGGCCUCGUUGGCCCCACCCCUUCGACUAUAAUAGCCUGAUGAAGGCCUUCAGUGAUGCCGGCGAGGUCGAGGAAGUCCUCCGGCUCUUCCGCGAGAUGAAGGAGGACUUCCACUGCCGUCCGGACGUCGUGUGCUACACCACGGUGGUCGAUAGCUUGGCGACGGCAAACCGCCCGGAGGAGGCCGUGGCCGUUUUCGAGGAGAUGGUUUCGGCCGGGGUGAUCCCGGACGCCGCCGCCUACACUGUCCUGGUAAAGUUGUAUUCUUGCCAUCUGAAACGGUUCGAUCGAGCGUAUGAGGUCAUUCGAUGGAUGGUGAAGUGUGGGUGCGCCCCUGACGUGAUCACCUACUCCACGUUGAUUGCCGGUCUCUGCUGGGCUGGCAGGGUCGAGGAGGCGUUGGGCGUUUUGGAUCAGAUGCUGGAGGAAGAAUGCCGACCCAACGUCCAUACUUACACGCCUAUCGUCCAAGCUUAUUGCUCCAGGGGAAGCAUCGAGGAUGCCAGGAGGCUGGUAGAUGCGAUGCACGCGAUUGGCUGCCCGCCGAACACCGUGACCUAUAAUGUACUCAUCCAGGCCCUCUGCAAGAUCAGAGCAUUUGAGGAGGUCGAGAAGCUUUUGGAACAUAGCGAUGCCAAAGGUUGGAAACCUGAUGUGGUUACGUAUUCCAUCUACAUGGAUGGCCUCUGCGAGUCCGGAAGAGAUGACAAGGCGUGGGAGCAGUUGCAGGUGAUGCUCGAGAAUGGAUUGCGUCCCAAUGCUGUGACCGUGAAUAUUCUUCUAGAUUGCCUUUGCCGUGGUUCCAAGGCUUCGGAGGCUAAGUUCCUGCUGGAGAGGAGCGCAGAACUGGGGUGGGAUGCUGAUGUCGUUAACUACAACACCAUGAUGAGCAGGCUUCGUGAUGCCGGGGAAUGCUCGGCUGUUCUAAAGCUCUUCACGGACAUGAUAAAGAAGGGAAUUGCUGCAGAUAGCCGGACAUUUAGCAUUGUGAUACACAGCCUUUGUAAAGCUGGAAGGCUUGACUGGGCAAAGCGCACCUUCGAUAGCACAGGGUUUGUUGCUAAUAUUGUGACAUAUACCACUCUAAUUCAUUACUUCUAUGUGGCGGGAAAGGUGGAUGAGGCACGUGCCCUCUUUUAUGAGAUGGUCGAGGAGAAUGUUGUUCCUAAUCAGAUCACCUAUGGUGUCAUGAUUAAAUGCCUUUGUAGAGAAGGAAAAUUUUUGGAGGCUAUCGGCUGUUUUUACAGAUCCCUUGAAGAUGGAUUCUCGGCAAAUCUGGUUGCAUCUUUAACUUAUUGGUUGGUCAGGGGUGGAAGACUCACGGAAAUGAUAAACCUGUUGGAAUGGAUCUUGAUACAGGGUUAUAUCAUAGAUUUUUGUGUAGCCCGUGGGUUGAUCAACGCAUUUUGCAGGGAGGGUUAUUGUCAAAGUCGAGAUAUGUAUAUACUCUGCCAUGUUUUGGACAAGAUACUUGGAACAAGAUAGAUCAGCUUUAGGCAUUGCAUUCUUUAGAUCUACUUCGUGGGACAUAAUUGCUUAUGAAAGUUCAGUUCACAAAUCUGAAGUUUGCCUGAAGUCUGGAUUAGUCAUUCAAUUUUGUUGGCAAACUUUUGAUAUGAUGAACCAAAGGGCAGCUGAAGAGACAGCUUAAGUCUCACUCAACGUGGUCAUGUUGCGAAAUGCAUGGAUGGCAUGGAGGCAUUUGUCAUACAUUAUUUUGUUCAGAACCUGUCGUGCCAUACUGGUCUUAUGACUAUAAAGAUGGUAUUUUCCGCUACUUAGGCCUCAGGGACUCUCCAGAUUCACAGGCUAGAAAUUCAAUGGGUGACACGGUGGUGGUUCAACCAGAAAAAGCGACUGCCUGAAGCCAGCAGUUGUUCUGAACUAAGGAAGAUGUAUACCGUUGGAAAGAGAAACCGCGGACAGAGGGCACACAUCUUGAGCAAGUUAUUGCAUUACCGGUUGACUGGGCAAGGAGCAUGGCUUUUAUAGCAAAAUUUCUGAUUUUUUUCUAUAGUAAAUGCAAUCUACCUAAAGAAUCUGCCAGACAAUGUGACUCAAGAUUGUCAGGACAAAAUAGUUGAACAUAAAAUGAGAUAAAUUAUGUUGCCUCAUGCUAAGUCUGGACAUGAAAAAGAGUAUAGCUGUUGUCCUACAUGAUUACGCUAAGUGGGUUGACUUCUGAUUGUUUUCUUGCAACAACUCCAUCUGAUGAGAAAUGGGCUCGAGGUCGACUGUUCAUGAUUCAUUCUACCAUCACUUUUUCCACCCUGUGCAAAUUAUCUUAUUAUUUGAGGUGCCUGUAUUUCUCUAGCUGCAAGCUGUAGAACAAACAUGGUUGUCGUUAUUUGCAAAAUCAUAUCGCUCUACCGAUUCUUCUUAUACAUUGUCCUGCUUUAGAAGCUGAAAGCCGGUGAAGUCUCUUUGCCUAUGUCCAUCUUAUCAUCAUCUGUAUUUUGUAAACGCAAAGACUACAUCUCAGUUUCUUGGAAUCAUUGCUUUUUGAAGCCACUUCACAUUGCAAUUGCGCAGUGCCACUCUUCCUAAUUCAACUGGUAUUUUAUCCUUGAGACGGCUAUCAGGUUAAUUAACAUUUGUCUAAAUGCAGCACAAUGCUCGUGCUGCCUUUA